GACGGUGGAGCUGAAGUCAUCCGGCAGAGCGCACAGCGAGGAGGAGAGAUACAGAGAACACCUCAAAUAGCACCGAUCUACGAUUCAAGCUGCGGUCUGGAUCUGCGCCCUGCUGUUUUCUUUUAAUCAUCAUUGUGUUCCUUCUCUCCCCAGUUAAACACACAUAUAUUCAGAGGCAGAGAGAGGAGGUGCAAUGAAACAAAUAAAAACGCGCAGCCCAGCGCCCCAACUAUGGCUCCAACGACGCUCGUCGGAAAGCUCGCCCUGUCUGCUUUACAGGAGCGGGCUGUAGUGCAGGAUGAGAGGACUGCUGUAAUCCACCGAGUGUGAGACCAGGAAGAAAUAUCACCUGACAGGCGGCCCUCCCCUCGGGGGACAGAAACAAACACCCUCUAAACCUGGAAACUGGAGGCUAGAAACGACUCAGUUCUACCGUGCGACCAGUGCGCCUCCUUUCCAGAACUCUCCUCUCCUCACUUUCUCCUGGAGAUCCACCACAAGCCUUUAGUCUUUCUGACAAACUUGGGAAAACUUGGGCCCCCGGAUAACUUCGGCCCCUGAACCAGUGUUGAGUCUCGGGAGCACAGUAAGCAUCUUGCGCUCGGCUGCGGGGACUGGAAACGCAGCCUCGGUGUGAUAUUAUUAAAACUCCUGCAAAGUCUCUCAAAGUCCCGGGGCCACCGCAGCAAAGAUGCCGGUCCGGAGGGGCCAUGUGGCUCCACAGAACACCUUCCUGGACACCAUCAUCAGGAAAUUCGACAGUCAAAGUCGUAAGUUCAUCAUAGCCAAUGCAAGAGUGGAGAACUGUGCCAUCAUCUUCUGCAAUGAUGGCUUCUGCCACUUGUGUGGUUUCUCACGUGCUGAGAUCAUGCAGAAGCCAUGCACUUGUAACUUCCUGUAUGGACCUGACACCAAGCGACUGGCCAUCGCCCAGAUGGCGCAGGCCCUGCUGGGGUCAGAGGAGAGGAAAGUGGAGAUCAACCUUUACCGCAAAGAUGGUCACUGCUUCCUGUGUAUGGUGGAUGUGGUGCCAGUGAAGAACGAGGAUGGCAUGGUGAUCAUGUUCAUCCUCAACUUCGAGGUCAUGACAGAGGAGACGUUCCGAGACCACAAAGAGGAGCUCAACCACCGCCUGCCCACCUGGCUUGUCACCGGCCGUCCACGAGGGUUCAAGUUGCGUCUUCCCCUGCUGCGCUCCGUGUCAAACAGUAAAGUGUCUCUGGACGACGCAGAGGCUGGUCACAUCCCCAGUGUUACACCCUUGCCGCUGCACCCAGACCAUCACAGUCACAUGUCCUUAGGCCUGGGGGAGUUCCUGCCCCUUCCCCCUUUACCACCAGCCCACCAGGAGCAAAUCAGUGGAAGUGGCAGAUCAGCUGUACAGAGUUGGCCAGAAGACCGCCAGGAGGACCAGCACACCUUACUGGGCUCUGACCCUCCUGUACCUCCUCCUCCUCCUCCCCACAGAGCCCACCUGGUGGUUCCCCUCACCCAGUCGUCACCCUGCGUAGCGCCUCACCACCACCUCAGCAUCAACCCGGACGCCUCAGGCUCUAACUACUCUCUGUCGCACAGCCACUCACGGGAGAGCUUCCACAGCAUGCGUCGCGCCUCUUCUGUAGAUGAGAUCGAAGCCAUGAGGCCUGACUGGAGCCGGAAGAACCAGAGAGCGAGUAUUUGGCUGGGCAGCAGCAGCACUGGUGCAGUAAACAGUAAGUCCAACAUAUUGAACUCCACAUCGGACUCAGACCUCAUGCGGUACCGCACCAUUUCCAAAAUCCCUCAGAUCACCCUCAACUUUGUAGAUUUCAAACCUGACCCACUCAUCGCCCUGCCCACCGGGGAGAUGGACAUCAUAGCUCCCUGUAAACUCAUUGACCGGACGCACAACGUCACUGAGAAAGUCACCCAGGUGCUGUCUCUGGGUGCAGAUGUGUUGCCAGAGUACAAGCUCCAGGCUCCUCGCAUCCACAAGUGGACAGUGUUGCACUACAGCCCCUUCAAGGCAGUGUGGGACUGGCUCAUCCUGCUGCUGGUCAUCUACACCGCCAUCCUGACACCCUACUCAGCCGCAUUCCUCCUCAACGACCAGGAAGAGGUAGCCAUGCAGAGUUGUGGUUACUCCUGCUCUCCUCUCAAUGUAGUGGACCUCAUAGUGGAUAUCAUGUUCAUUAUUGACAUCCUCAUCAACUUCAGGACAACAUAUGUGAACACAAAUGAUGAGGUGGUGAGCCACCCGGUGCGUAUAGCCGUGCACUACUUCAAAGGUUGGUUCCUCAUCGACAUGGUGGCUGCUAUUCCCUUUGACCUGCUCAUCUACCGCAACGGAGAGGAGACCACCACUCUGAUUGGUCUGCUGAAAACUGCUCGUCUCCUGCGAUUGGUGCGUGUAGCCAGGAAGCUGGACCGCUAUUCGGAGUACGGCGCAGCUGUCCUCUUCCUCCUCAUGUGCACCUUCGCCCUCAUCGCUCACUGGCUGGCCUGCAUCUGGUAUGCCAUCGGUAGCGUAGAGAGGAAUGGUUCAAUUGGCUGGCUCCACACACUGGGGGACCAAUUGGGAAAACACUACAACGACUCCAUCCCAGGUUCGGGACCCUCCAUCAAAGACAAGUACGUCACAGCUCUGUACUUUACCUUCAGCAGUCUGACCAGUGUGGGAUUUGGAAACGUGUCCCCAAACACCAACUCUGAGAAGAUCUUCUCUAUCUGUGUCAUGCUCAUAGGAUCCCUGAUGUACGCCAGUAUCUUUGGGAAUGUGUCAGCCAUCAUCCAACGGCUGUACUCGGGGACAGCCCGCUACCACACUCAGAUGCUGAGAGUUAGGGAGUUCAUUCGCUUCCACCAGAUCCCCAACCCACUCAGGCAGAGGCUGGAGGAGUAUUUCCAGCAUGCCUGGUCCUACACCAACGGCAUUGACAUGAAUGCUGUGCUGAAAGGUUUCCCAGAGUGUCUCCAGGCAGAUAUCUGCCUCCAUCUGAACCGGACGUUGCUGCAGAACUGUAAGGCUUUUAAAGGUUCCACCAAGGGCUGCCUCAGGGCAUUGGCCAUGAAGUUCAAGACUACCCACGCACCCCCGGGUGAUACGCUGGUCCACGCUGGGGAUGUCCUCACAGCCCUCUACUUCAUAUCCAGGGGAUCCAUAGAGAUACUAAGAGGAGACGUGGUGGUAGCCAUCUUGGGGAAGAAUGACAUCUUCGGCGAGCCUAUCAACCUGUACGCCCGACCAGGUAAAUCCAACGCUGAUGUGAGGGCUCUAACCUACUGCGACCUCCAUAAAAUCUUUAGAGAAGAUGUUCUGGAGGUGCUGGACAUGUAUCCUGAGUUUGCAGACCACUUUUGGAACAACCUGGAAAUCACCUUCAACCUCCGAGAUACCAACAUGAUCCCAGGCUCUCCAAGCAGUGAUGACUCCAACUGCGGAGGAUUCAACAAAUUACGUAGGCGUAAAUUAUCAUUCCGAAGACGUACAGAAAAAGAUGAUGCAGAUGCUGGAGAAAUUAAAAAGUCCCAUAAGUCUGUGAGACAAAGACAGAGGGAAGUAGCCAACAACCAAAAACAGGAGGAGGCACCUAAGUGUCAGUGGGAGACACAUCGAAGUUCAGUGUCUUCACACGCCAGUGGUGAUGAGAGGGAGGAGUCAGUUGUGACCAGACUCGCCCCUCCACCGGUAAUGCUGGAGAAUCCACAGGCUCAGGCCACAUCCAUGAACUUCAACAAGAGCACUGAGGUUGAUGGAGACCCCAAGACUGGGAACACCUGCAAUGCCCUGUCAGGUGCACUCUCAGGUGUGUCCAAUAUCUUUAGUUUCUGGGGGGAGAGUCGGGGGGGUGGUCAGUACCAGGAGGUCCCCAGCUGCAGCCUGGCCUCCCCCCCGCCCCUCAACGCACCACUGCACAGCCUGAGCCGACAGCAACGUAACCAACUGGACACACGCCUGGACCUGCUGCAGAAACAGCUCAACAGGUUGGAGAGUCGCAUGUCAACGGACAUCGGAGCAAUCAUGCAGCUGCUGCAGAGACAGAUGGCACUUGUUCCUCCUGCCUACAGUGCCGUCUCAUCACCACCUCAGGUCUCACCCUACCCUGGUCCUGGCCCAGGACCAGGUCCAGGAGAGAGACUGGUCAAGCCUGUUACACCUCUGGAGACAGACACCCUGGCCUCCCUAACACCGAUCUUGGAUUCCCCGGACUUUGAAGAGUUCCCAACCAAGCCUCUUGACUCCCUGCAACCCCAGGACUCCCCACUGAUCGACACCAGCCAGGGCCAACUUGCCCCUUCUGCACUGGAGAGCCUGGGGCAGCAUCUGCAGAUGGGACUGGGGACUGGGGCUGGGCUAAUUUCAGGGCCAGCAGUAGCUUCAGGUUUAGGGUUAGAGUUGGGGAGUGGGGCAGCAGUAGCAUCUAUCUUAGGAGCAGGGUUAGACUUUGGUUCAGUUGUAUGUCUGACAUCUGGGGUUGGGCCAGAGGCUGGAAUCGCAGUAUCUUCCCUGGAUCCUGAAACCCAAAGCAGGCUGUCCCUCCAAGAACCACAGACACCUCUGCACUCACGGACACCACAGAGACACAGCUCCGACCCAGGGGGGAGCUAAGGAAUAGGUGAAGGGGGAGGAGAGUGGGAUGGAAGAGAAGGAGAGUGAACGAGAAUGAUGUUUUAUCCAGCAGUUCCUCCUGUUUUCAUCAUUCCUCAUUACACUUUGGAUGCCAUGAGGUAUGAGGUAGGCACUUUGGUACCUAACACCAAAACCCCUUAGGUCACCCCAGCUACUGUAUCUUCACCGUUGAAAUUUCACCUCUAACCUCUCAAGAAAGGACACACAGCUCAGAGAGAGUGUAGCCAGGCUGGGUGUCAAGGAAAGGGUUGAAGUCUCUCUCUUCAAUAAGUCUCCCCCAAACAUCUGGAGCUUUCUGAACUCUACAUGGUACAAUCUUUACCCAAAACCACAAACAGACCAGAGAGGAGCUCUGCCUCUUAAUGAACACAGUCUGGGUCAACCCCACAUAAAUGACUGCUAACCUGUAGAAGAUCCCUUUACUGCUGUAUCCACUGUUGAAUGACUGACAAGAACAAGAAAAGACAACAACGGAUAGAAUAAUGACAAAACAAGUAGCCAUUUAUGUCUUGCACUGAAAAUCCUAUUGAUAUAAUGAUUAUUCUGUUCUAUAUGUCCAUGGCGCUUCCAAUAAACUCACAAACUGGUUGAUAAAUUGUAGUUAGCUGGCCUAACAGGAAACCUGCCGUCCCGUUCUGUUAUUGGUUCCUGACGCUCCCCCCUUCCCAAGAGCACACUGGAUUGGCUGGUUUGCACCUCAGGGGUGGGAACUGGAGGGUUAAAGCCAUGAAUUUUCUUGAUGAACAUAUCAGCUGACCUAUCAUAAACAUUGUACAGAUUUGCUAGUGAGUAUGGCAUGCUUAGGCAGUGUCACAAACAGGUAAACUGGCAAACUUAAAAGUUUACCAUGAGAACAGUGCACCAAAAACAGCUAACUAUAAAUAUUUAAACAAGCAGGAAAUCCCAGUUUACUAAUUCCAUGAGCUAUGAGUUGUGACAUUAUAGAGAAACAGAGAAUUGUGUUUGAUUAUCAAACACUAUGAAGUGAUAAAGUCAGCACUGACAUGAUACUGGCCUGCUUGACUUCUAAAAAUCAAAACACAUGCAUAAAGGGGGAAAAAAGGUUGAAUGAUUCUAGUUAUCAUAGUUAAAUUUGCUACCUCAGAUUUCAUUAGUCCCAGAAUGCUUUUACCUUGUACAUACACGUUUGUCAUGUGAUACGUAAAUAUACAAGUUUGCCAGUUUACAAUGACCAGCCGAAUGCGCCCUUAUUCUAUGUACAAUAUGCAAACACAGGCAAGAAGAGAUGAGUGAGUGUGCUUUAAUCUCAUUAUGUGUGUGAUAAGUUCAGGUCCAAAGCUUUUUUUGUGUGUUUGUCCUGUUUUUUUAGUCUUUCAGUCUGCAGAGCAUGGCGUAUAGUAUCUUUGCUUCCACAUACUGUAGAGGGUCACUUGAUUCUAAUGUUUAGGACAAAUUUGUUUUCUUUGCCCCAAAUUGAUUUUAAUGGGUUGUUAAAACAGGCAAAUAAAGUGUUUCUGUUUUAAAUCUAAACAGCACGAAUGAAAAGCCUGUACAAUGUAGGUUUUAAAAUACUUAGGAAGUUAUACAAGUCAUCUAAGAAAUUUCAAUACUACAGCAGUAGUGAUCCCAGAAAGAAGAAAUUGUAUUUUAGCACCACUGUUUCUGGGAAUACUUUCUAUUAAGUUUUAACUUAAGCUCAUUACCACCCAUUUUGAAGUCUUCAAAUACACAUCUGAUCCUUAUCAUGUCAUCUAAGCUAAAAGGGCCUAGUUCAAUUCCUUUGAUUUAUGAUUGAUUCAAGUAUGACCAUCUAUCACACUGCACCGUCCAGGUUCAUCAAAAGUUACAACUGCUCAAAUAACACCAGUUUAUAAGAACAAGGGGAGGUAAUGUGUAGAAGUGAUCAUGAAAUUGCGAACUGAAAACGUCUUUGGUCCAGGCCUUCAUCUCCCUACAUAAUAUUAUAUCACUAUCACUGUAAGGCUGGUUUCUUUUUAAUUAAAUAGUAAUAAGAGAAAGGUAUUCCUUUCAUACUAAGAAUUACUGCAUAUGAAACUAAGUUUUGAUCUAAUGUUAAAAUAAAUAAAUCAUCUAACAGUCAAAAGUUUAACACUGCAAAGUGCAUGUCCAUCACAUGCAUUUGGAGAGAACACUUCCCCUUUUAAAUUUCACUAACCAUCAUCUAUAAAUGGAAUAAAUAGCAAUGCAAAUUUUCCCCAGGAUCAAUUUCAAAAGGUGGAGAUGGAAAUUAACAAGGUGUAGUGGUGCCACUGUUAAGACUGUGUAAGUCUGGAUUUUACCCAGAUAUCUCAGGGCAGGCAGAGAUGUACAGUACAAAAUAAUAAGAACAGAUGCAAUGAUACCCCCUUAUAGUGGAACUUUACUGAAAUAAGUGAGAUUGUUUUUUUCCAUAAGUGUCCAUUUCUGCAAAAUCUUCUGUUUUUUUUUUUUUUUAUUAUUUGGGGCUUUUUUGCCUUUACUUGAUAAUAGGAAAGGAAAGGGGGAGAGAGUGUGAGGGGAUGGCAUGCAGCAAAGGGCCACAGGAUGGAUUUGAACCCAGGCUGCUGCAGCAAGGAUUCAGCCUUGGUAAACUGGGCACACACUCUACCAGGUGAGCUACUGGAGUACCCCAAUCAUCCAGUUUUAUUAGUUUUUAGUUUUGAGUUGCCAAGAUGAAGGCAAACCUGUGACAUCUUCAAAUUGUCUUCCCUGAUACAAAAUUAUACGGACAGACCCUUUCCUGUACCACACAAUAAAGAGUCAUAACAGAGAAGGGAAAGCCUGUUGAAGUGCAAUAGAGAGUGCAACAGACUUGUAGCAGCUUGAUCGCAUCCGUUAAUUUUUAGCACUUUUACUUUUUUUUUCUUAAACAGUGCAGAUGUUUAAUAAAGACUCAGGAAUGUGUUGUUGAUGUUAGAGGGUUAAUUUUCUUUUGUCUCAGAACUCAAAACCAACCAAUCAGAAGGAAGGAAAGAAAAUUUUGAGGAAUGUGACAUUUAGUAACAUCCUAAACCUUAACUCUGGCGGAAUUCCCCUUUAAUGCAGAAUUGUGAAAAAAUGUAUUUUGCUGCUUGGUGGUCUAAGCUAUUGUGUUUAUUUAUUGUUGUAGGAUUACUCUUGUUUGUCUGUGGAUUGUACCCACUAUGAUUUAUCACUUUGUCUUGGGUUAAUGAACAGCUCAUUUUGGUGGAGCAAGUGGACACUUUCUGUGUAAAAAUGUUACUCCCCAUGUUCUUGUGUUCUUUUGUUUAUAAUCCUGAGCUUUUACGCUCAUACAACCAUUCUCAAUAUUUAUUCAGUGCAGCUGAUGUCACGCUUUGUAACUUUAGUAUCGAACUAAAGCAAGCAAAUGCUGUAACAAAUGAUUAUUGGUGACAUUAAUUUUUUAGAUUUUAUUUUGCUGUUUUUGCUUUAUUUGAUAGCAACAUUAGAGAGAGAAAGGAAAGGCAGGGGAGUGAGAGGGGAUGACAUGCAGCAAAGGGCCUGGGCCAAACCCAUGCCGCUGCGGAAGGGACUCAGCCUUGAUGUGUGGUGCGCACUCUACCAGGUGAGCUCCUGGGGCGGCGCCCAUUGGUGACAUUUUAAACUCGCAUGUAAUUCAGCUCUGUGAGUAAAAAAAAUUUAUGUUGGCUGAAAAUUUGAAACUUAAAUGGAAGUUGUAAAUGCAGCUGGAUUAUCUGUGAUUUUAAAGUUCAAGCAAGGAUAUUUUUACAGUGACAGUUGGAAAACGUGAAUUAUUGUAAAGGUGAGGGUGGUUUUUAAAAACUGAUUCUAAUUACUUUCAGAUGAAUGGUGAUUUCAGCUUGUCACUGUGUUGUAUUAGAGCUUGGUACAAAGUUACUAGAAUCCCUUUUUUCAGCAUUCUGUAAUGUAAUGUGAGUGAAUGCAUGGAUUUCCAAAGCUGAUAAGCAACAAGUCUACUGAGUUCUUCUUACUGAACCCUAUCUGCUGCUUGUUGUGUUUUAUUUGCUUUAUUUUGCUGACACACCCAUCACCAUCAUUUAGUUAUCACCAGCAAUCCCUGCCUCCAAUCAAUCAAUCUUUGACUACAAAUUUCUAGUAAAUACCCAGUGAAUCUGGAAUUCCUUGAAGUUCUUUAUCAGUGAAUCUGUUUUUUUACAGUACAGUGCUGAAGUGAUACUGAUUUUCAGAAGUGCACUCUCCUCGCCAUCACACAUACUGAAGCGAGUGUUUAAUAACAGUCACUGGCUGAACUAUACAUUCAGAACUAUGACCUCAAAACUAGAAUGUGGUUGUUGUUGACGCUAGACUUUAGUUGACUAUUCAAUGCUAGAGAAUACAUUCAUGUAAAGCAUACUGCAUAUUAUAACAGUAGAGGGUGCACUUUGAAAAAAAUUCAUGAGGGACUGGAGAAUGGGUGUGUUUGUGGGCUGGGGGAGGGGGAUGUUUAAGGAGGUUAGAGUGUUUUUCCCCUUUAUAUUUGAACACACACACACACACACACACACACACACACACACACCUUCCUUAAUGCCUCUUCCUUACUGCUGGGCUUUUUUCAGGUCUGUUCAACUUUCUAUGAGUUCUGACCGACUUGGGUCCUGUAUUUCUAGAUAUUUUGAGCACUUGGGGAUGGGGGGUUUGGUACCGUUUACACAACACUGGAUCUGCUCACUCCUUGCCUGUACAUACCAACUUCUACUACUUGUAAAGGAAUCAAACUCUGACACUCAUAUAGCCAGCACUAUGCAGAAACUGAAAAAGUUCUUUGGCAUGCUUUGAAAUGCAGAAUACUAUAGAGGAAAAUAUAGUAAAUAAAUAAAGUCUGCUCUAAUUUCUUAUUGAAAUAAUCACCUUAUUGAAAAACAGACGAAGAUAAAGCUGUCCAUGAAAAAAUGAAUAUUAUGAUGAUGAUGAUGAUGAUGAUGAUUAGGAUGAUGAAGCUAAAGACUUUAUAUAUUGUGCACAUUUUUACUUGCAUGCUGCAAUGAAAUCAUCUAGCCAUGAGAGGGUUUGACCUGCAAAUCAAGUGAUUUUUGCUGUAUGCUCGCAAACUGUGUCUAGAGUGAAACACUUAAUUCUUCCGGGUUAUGGGAGAGUCAUAUUUAUAUAUACAUACUACUUCCAAGUCAUGGAAGAGAGGGGUACUGAAUAGCUGCAAAUAUAGUGAUCCUAGAUAAUACAAUAUUAUAAUGUAUAUUUGUAUCUUUGGUUGCAAACCACUGUAAUGCAUGUUUGGCAGGGGUAGAACUGUUAACUGUUUUCCAAAUAUCAAUGGGCACUUGAUUUACCUUAUUUGGGCUGUGUUUCCACUCUUGCCUGGAAAGUUAAAUCAAGUACACCUAAAAUAUUACAAAUCCUGCUUUUGACCAGCUGGGACGGGCUGCACUCUGAAGAAUGACUAUUCUGUGUUGACUAUUAUCAACACAAUUGAGUGCAGUUUUGGAAUCACAUCUUACUCUCUUUUCAGUGCAUAGGGUGUUAAAAAUCUGUUAGCAAUCACAUAUCUUUAACACAUUUUACUGAAAAGUUUGAACUCUCACAAAUGUUUUGAAAAUAGCUCAUCUUUUUAAUAGUGUAUACUCUAUGGCAGACCCUGGAAUACUGAGUUAAACAUAGAUUUAUAAUACUGGGCAAUGGCGUGCUUCUAGAAGCUCAUAAUAGACUAUAUAUAUCAAAUGUUGAAGAAAGUUAGAGGGGGAAAUGGUGAAACUCCAGGUUCUGAUCGUGUGUUAGCAUUAUUAAUGGUUUAACUUUAUAAAAUUUUAAAAUAUAUCUUUCAAUAAACCUCUUUGAAAGCAAAA